AAGUGAAGAUUAUCCUCCCCUACUUUUGCUUUAUUCAAACAGAAAGACAAUGAAUGUGGCAACUAAUAAGCAGUAUAUAUAAAGGUGUGAAAGGUCCAGCUCUUUUUAUUAGCAUGCAUGGGAAGAAGAAGAAGAAGAAGCAGCCAAAUGGGAAGUAAAAAGAUUUGUUUGUUGCUGAUUAUGUUUUUCCUGUAUCUUUACAUGUUUGCAACAGCUUCCUCUGCUCUUCAUCUUCACAUGAAGGCUUUUUCUUCAGGAAAAGCUAAUAUUGAUCACUAUGCUGAAAGUGGUAUUGUAGAAAGCAGCAAAUAUGGCCAUAGCAAUGGUUUUGGAGAACAUGCUGGGGCUGGAUCAUCUGGCUCUGGUGAACAUGGGAGCAAUGGUGGUUCUGGAACACCUUAUGUACAAGGCGGCACCACUGUCAUCCCCAUAUAUGCAGGGGGAGCGGCAAGUAACCACCACCCAAACACACACCACAAUGCUGGGAGCCGCAACCAGAAUUCCACUGGAUUUCUCACCUUGAUCUUGACUGUCAUUGCCUGGUUUGUACAUUUACAUAGUGGAUAGAAAAACUAGCCAUUGUGUUCGUUCAAAUGCAAGAGUGUUUAUAUUUUUUGCAUAAUAUAUGUACAUAGAAACUGUGAAUGUGUUUCCUUUGAUGUAAAAUUUCCAGAUUAAUGUGUGUGUGUGUGUGUGUAUUCUCUUUUCUAAAUGUUCUGAUGUAGCACUUUGUAUUAUCACGAUGCAAAAAAUGUUUGAUGCAAAAUAAAUAUGCUUUCAACUUGUGGA